GACAUAGCAGGCAUCGGUGAGUCCUUUUCCUGACCAUGGCUGAGGCCAGCAAGCAGCAGGUUCCUCCAGCACGACUUGUCCCCAUUUUGUGCCACCUGCCUCCCUUGCCAAGGGCCCUGGUGCCAGGCUUAAGGUGGAGGUGUUCCCAGUGCCUGCAGCCAUCCUCCUUGAGUCCCCAUCACCCCCUUCCACCUCCCCAGGUGGCUCUUUUAUCCCUCGAGGUGCCCAGGGAGAGGAGCACCCCACACCAUGAACCUGUGGCUCUUGGCCUGCCUGGUGGCUUGCUUCGUGGGGCCCUGGGACUCCACUGUCCACGCCCAAGGUGCCUUUGAGGAUUGCUGCCUGGCUUACCACCGCCACGUUGGGUGGGCUGUGCUCCGGCACGCCCGGGUUUACCAGCACCAGGACGUGAGUGGAAGCUGUAAUCUACCUGCCGUGAUAUUCUACCUCCCCCAGAGACGCAGGAUGGUGUGUGGGAACCCACAGGACAGGGGGGUGCAAAAGGCCAUGAGGUUCCUGGAUGCACGGACCAAGAAGCUCCACAACACCCGGAUGACCUUCCACGGAUCUCAUGCUGGGAGGAAGAAGUUGAGUUCUGGAACCUCUGGGCUACCAUCGUCCAUGUUUAGUGAUCCCACUCAUAGCAGUAAGAGGAAUGCCUCCCUCCCAGCAGCAGCUAAUCCAGCCCCGUCCGGGAGCCACCAAGAGUCACUCAUCAGAACAAAAGAUUCUACUAUCACCAAGGAAAUGACAAGUUCUGUGCCAGGAAUUGGGAAAGGAGACCAAUAGGUAUAUUUCUUAUUAUUUCAUAAGCCUCAGUUCCACUGCGGUCCCCGUCACCUGCUGGCCUCCCUAAUCCCUCCUGCAGGACUGUAAAUCCUCACAUCUCCAGGAUCCACCAGCACAAGACAGGCUCGAUCUUUCUGUGCCACAACCAUCCUGCAGCCAAAGCUGCCCCAGCCAAAUCUUCAUCCCUGUGCCUGCCUCCUGGGUGGAGAGGACCUCCUCUCCACCCCACCACCUCCUGCCUCUUGGGCAGCUGGAAAGAGGAAGUUGACUUUAUUUUAAGUCCCUUGCUGCUCCAGGGACUGGAAUCAAAUCCUGGGCAGUGGCUCUGGUAGAGAAGAUUCCUCAGGAUACACCGCCCACCAGUAGCUUCUUUUCAUGGUUCCUCUGGCUCCUUGCAAAGCUUUGGUAGGUCCAAGGACACCCCUCCCAGAAUGUAUUUUUCUAUUACUUUUAAAUAAACCUUUGGCAGUGUUGCAGGGGGAAACAUCA